GCGGCACUCGGCGCCCGGGGCGUGCGGGCGUGCGGGCGUGCGGGCGUGCGGGUGGGCUGGCGGGCGCUGAGAGUGAGGUGACUCCAGACCUGGGAGGAUGAGCGGUGGUCCCCGGUGACGGAUGGAGGGAAGCAGCUCCUGCAAGGUUCCCUGCGGCGCUGGUCAGGCUUGGAGCAAGCCUGCAUCCCCCUCCAGAGACACUCACGAAGGUGUCAAGGCGGUCAUCCUCUCUUCUUCAGCAAUUUUAGACUUGAGUCAAAGUGGUCUUCACCAUUUAGGAGAGAUCUUUAAAGUUCUCAACCUCAGACAAUUGCACCUUCAGCAAAACGCCCUCUGCACGAUUCCUAAAGACUUCUUUCAGUGACUGCCAAACCUCACCUGGCUGGACCUCCGCUCUAAUAGGAUCACAGCGCUUCCUUCUGGGAUCGGCUGUCACAAGCAUUUGAAAACUUUGCUUUUAGAAAGAAAUCCUAUCAAAAUGUUACCUGUGGAGCUGGUUAAAAAGAGGACCGUGAGCGAGCUGCCGCAUCCCCUGUUGGAUUCAUCCGAAGAGCGUGUGCCUGACAAAGAAGCCAUUCAUUCUCAGGAGGCAAAGGGAACCGUGUUAACAGAAAAGGCAGGCUUUUUCCCACCUGUGGAAAACCUAGACCCGCGUGAGCGCAGAAGGUCCACCGAGCCUCCGGAGGACUGGCCGAGCGAGGAGGAGAUCAGGCGCUUUUGGAAGCUGAGGCAGGAGAUCGUGGGGAGCGAGCCCGCGGAGGUUCCUGAGAGCCAGCGCCUGCCGGUGGAGCUGCCCCCGGCCCUCAAGGCGGUGCUGCGCGACAAGGAGACGCGGCGACCCCGCCCAAGGCCCGUCUUCAGGACGAGGACGCCCUCCUUCAAGAGCGUCCUGCCCGAGCUGGCCCCACGGCAGCAGGCCCUGGGCCGCACCGGCCUGCCGGAAGAGAGCCGGGGCCUGGCCCUCCGGGAGCUGCGGGAGAAGCAGGCCCAGCUGGAGCAGCGCAGGAGAGACAAGCGAGCACUGCAGGAGUGGAGGGAGCUGGCCCAGAGGAUGAAGAGGAGGAGGGGGCUCAGCCACCUCCCGACCCCGCGGAGGAACCUGGUGGCGUCCAAGAUUCCCUUUGCCACUGACCUGAUAGGUAAUGAGAAAAUACCGAUGCAUUCGCCUGGGAAACUGAAACAAAGCAAGGAGAAAUCAUUGCAAUCAAGUCAGGAAAUGAGGCCAGGAGACUGCAGGAUGAAGUAAUGAAACUAAAACCGAGGACGACCUUGAACAGAAACCAUCAAUGUACAGCUCUCCCUGGAAGCCUUUCGCUUGGCCCGACUUUGUCGCAGCCUCAGAAUAUAUUUUUUAACACGAAGUAUUAAGAACCUGAAAAAGUUUACAGAUACUAAUGACAGAGUAUCACUGGUACACCUGGAAAACAGGCCGGCGGCUCGCUGCCUUCCCAGGGUCGCCCGUGUGGGGCGUGAGGUUUACGGGUCCCCAUCUGCGCUGCCUAUUCUGAGGCUGCAGGAGGUCUGAGCUGCAUUAAGAGGAGAAUACGGUGACUGCCGCGUGGCGUCCGUUUGCAGCCCGUCGGCUGGCAGAACGUGGUGUCAGCACCUGUGCCCCCCGACCCUGCUCACAGCGGGGAUCAAGCUUUCACGACUGACUGCAGUGGGGUCCGAGGUCCCGUGGGACCGUCUUUGCUGGGGAGGCAGGAGUGCCCUCCUCCCGCCCCGGGGGUGCCGCUCCCCAUCCCUGGGCGCUGCCCCUCCCCUGGCCCUGCAGCACCGCCAGGCCCCGUCCCAGGCCCCCGGGCUCUCACCCAGAGUCGGCCCGACUUGGUUUCUUGUGCCAAACGUCUGAUUAGAUGUGAAAUAAGGGCCUGAUCUUGAAAAGAUCUUUGAUUCGAUUUCUUUAACAGAUGUAGAAUAAUUCAGAUUUUCUGUUUCUUUUUGUGUCAACUUCUUUGGUAGACAUGUUUUUCAAUGAGUUUUUCCAUUUCAUUCAAGUUGUCAGGUUUAUCAGCAUAAACUUCUUCAUAAUAUCCUCAUAUUUUCUCAGUCACUUAGGACCUGUAACAACGUUCCCUUUCUCAUUACUGAUGUUGUUCCGUUUUCCUUAAUCUUGCUAGGGAUUCAUCAAUUUUGUUAAUCUUUUCGAACAACCACUGUUGGCUUUGUCGAGUUUCUGUUGUGUUUUCUGUAUCAUCAAUUCCUGUUCUUCCCCUUCUUUUCUGUUUUCUUUGGGUUUAAUCAGUGCUCAGAGGGAACUUCACCACUUUCAAAUGCAUAUGUCAGAAAGGAAGAAAUAUGUAAAAUCCAUACCCUGGGCUCCCAACUCAGGAAGCUAGAAGAUGUGUUAGUUACCUGUUGCUGCGUUAACAAGUUACUCCAGAACAAAGCAGCUGGAGAAGUAGAUAAAUAACAAUAAAGAAUUAUAAAUAAUUAUAUUAUGUAUUAGUAUAUAUUAUUAUAUUAACAUUGUGUAAUAAUAAUAAAUAUUUGUUGUCUCUCCCAGCUUCUGAGGGUCAGGAUUGGGAGCGGCUCGGCUGGCAUUUCUGGUUCAGUUGGGCCAUGGGUAGGGCCGUGCUGUCUGAAGGCUCACUGGGCUGGGGGUCUGGUUCCCUGUGAGUCCGGUCCUGGGAAAUGUGUGAAGACUUGCUUCAUGGCUGCCGUACGACUGCCUCUGGGAAGUGUUCCCUGUGACUUGACAAGAAUCUACUUGGAUGUAGUGCUGUCGGAUGUAGCGCUGUGUGUCCCGUCAGGCUGAUUGACCGUGUUGCUCAGAUCUGCAUCCUCCAGGUCGGUUCAUCUUGUCCUCUCAGCUGGAUACCAUUUCCAGCCACGGUUGUGGCCUCAUGUAUGUCUCCCUUUAGCUGUGUCAGCGGCUGCUGUAUGUGGUUCCGAACUAUGUUAUUAGAUGCCUACACAUUUAGGGUUGUUGUGUCUUCCUGUUGAAUUAACCUUUUUAUCAAUAGGAAAUAUUUCUUUAUCUCUUGUUCCAUACUUCUUGCCUUUAAGGUCUGUUUUGUCUGAUGUUAAUAUAGGCAUACCACCACUGUUCCAGUUAGCGUUUACUGAUACGUCUUCCAUCCUUUUACUUCAAUCUUUCUGUGUUUUUAUGUGUAAAGUACGCCUUAUGUAAAUAUCAUAUACUUGGGUCUUCCUUCCUUUCUCUAGCCUGACAAUCUUUGUCUUUUAAUUAGAGUGUUUAGUCCCCUUACAUUCAUAUGGUUGAUUUUAAGUCUCCCAUCUUCCUAUUUGUUUUAUGAGUCUCA